AUGGACAUGGAGCUCGACGCCGCUCGCCACGGGUUCGCCAAGAUGGGCUUCGGGUGCAAGCACUACAGGAGGCGGUGCAGGAUCCGGGCGCCCUGCUGCAACGACGUCUUCCACUGCCGCCAUUGCCACAACGACUCCACGAAAGACGGGCACGAGCUCGACCGCCACGCAGUCGAAUCGGUCAUAUGUCUCGUCUGUGACACCGAGCAGCCGGUGGCGCAAGUGUGCAGCAACUGCGGCGUGUGCAUGGGGGAGUACUUCUGCCGGGCGUGCAAAUUCUUCGACGACGAUGUUGACAAGGAGCAAUACCACUGCAAAGACUGCGGCAUCUGCAGAGUUGGAGGCAAGGACAACUUCUUCCACUGCCACAAGUGCGGAUCGUGCUACUCGGUGACCCUCCGGGACAAGCAUGUCUGCAUCGAGGACUCGAUGAAGAACAACUGCCCGAUCUGCUACGAGUACCUGUUCGACUCCCUGAGGGAGGCGUCGGUGCUGAGAUGCGGCCACACCAUGCACUUGCAGUGCUUCCACGACAUGCUCAAGCACGACAAGUUCACUUGCCCCAUGUGCUCCGUGUCCAUCUUUGACAUGGAAAAAUUCUUGAGGGCCUUAGAUGCCGAGAUUGAGGCGAGUUUCUUACACAUGGGAAAGGUCAGUGGCAAAUUUGCAACUGACCCAGAUUCAUUUACUAAACUCUAUAAAUCCGAUGAGACCCGGUUAUAUAAAUCUGAUGGUUUUCUGAUGCCAUUACUCCCGGCAUGUGUUUGUGGGUGGGUGCAGGGAUGGAUCGUGUGCAACGACUGCUGGGACACGACCCGAGUGUAUCCGGGCAUGGCGGGACAGAGAAAGUGUUGCCAUUGCCAGUCCUACAACACCUGCAGGGUUGCUCCAUCGGUAUUGCCGGCCUAG